UGAUGGAAAUUCAUGUUAUUGCUAAAAUUAUGGAAACAUCUGUUAUUUAAUACUUUCGCUUUUAGCUCUAAAAAAAAUUAAAAUUUUCUUACUUUGUUCGACGACAAUUUAAAGUUUUUCAUAAGCGCAUGUGUGUUUGUUAGUCUGCGUCGCCCUUACUGACGGAUGUGUCAGAUACAGAUAUCCAGAGCCAUAUACGUAACAUGUAGUUUAGACUUUUAUGAGACUGUCUCUUUUUGAAAAAAAAAAAUCGAAAUUGAGCAAUUAACUGGAAUUAGCAGUAACAGUUAGGAUAUCUUUCUGCAACGAUUUCUGCUGCAGUUCGUUAAUGUUGUCUGCGGUAACCGACUGCGAAAUCAGGCUGUCGUGCUUCUCCCUGGAUCUUUCGAAAAAUGGCUGGAUUUCGUUAUUCGGUUUGGGAUCCCCCGCUAAUAAUCUCGCAGAUUGUGACAUUACAAUGCGCGUUCUACGCGGGUUUGGGGGUAAUCUUUUGGAUCAUCGACACGUUGUUUCAGCAAAGCAUAUCUCUCGAGCAACUCUUCUCUUACGGGGCCGUCCACCUUAAAAGUGUUGUUGGUCUCUGCACAGUUACCGCUUACUUGCUAAAUGCGUGUAUAUCCGCGGGCACCGUAUGGUAUUUCGUUGCUCGCACAAAGCAGUGUCUUGACUUCAGCUGUACGACUCAUUUUUACCACCUCUUGGCAUGUUGGUGCUAUAACGGGCGGUUUCCAUCAAGUCCUGGCUGGUGGUUACUUAAUAUAUGUUCCGCAACAAUUAUGUGCGUUUUGGCGGAGUAUCUUUGCAUUAGAACGGAAAUGAAGGCGAUCCCGCUACUUGGAAGUAAGGCCGACUUGUAACACAAGUAAGAUCGCUGCGUCCAAACAACGUCAGCGUCGAUAUGCUUAUUGAAGUCAGUGUGCGCUUUCACUGACGCACGCGUGCUCAGACAAACCUGAUCAAAAUUCAUAUUCAGACCGUGGUAUUCCUAUGUGCAAUGCCGUACGCAUAACCUUGCAAAAUGCCUUCCUGGAGAGUCGACUAAUAAAUGGAGCUUGUUUCGUCUAGCGAAGCUUCUGCCAGCCUUUACUAAGCAUGAAUCUUCACAAAUCUCUUCAGUUCCAUUAUCUCUCGUCUUUAGCAGGAAUGAGGAGCAUAUUGUGGAGAAUGAUCUGUGUGUGUGUGCAAGGUAAAGAAUCACGUCAAGUUGCUGGAAGUGACGUGCGCAUAUCUGGGACUUGCAGUAGACGGCCAUUGGCUACACGUAGAACGUGCUCUCGCAACUGUUCGCUGUGCAUAUGUUGCUUUCUGCCCUGACCAUGUCAGAACUCAAUGUUGAUGAAAAUAUCCGAAGAAGAUUAUUAUCAUCUACCCGAUACGACGCCGUCAAAUCUUCGAUAGCUUUUAUCGGCUGAUAUAGUUUCUAUGAGAAUUUUCAGCUUUAGCUUCUAGUGAUGCCACAGACCCUUUAUGGAAAUUACAAUAAUACGAUACGGCGAACUCAGCCUGGUAUACUGGAUGUAUUCACGUGGAAAAGGCUAAAUGGGUGAGCGUACCAUUAGCUAUUAUCUUUUUAAAACUCGUCCAUAGAACAGAAAAGAAAUAUCUAUGAAACCUGAGCUAGUUAGCGAGAACUGGCAAGAGAACAGAAUAUGUGAUAAAAUAUUAUAUAAAUAUUAUAUAAAAUAUUAUAUAAAGACGUGAAAACAAAAUGAAACCUAACAGUUCAUUUGUAAAUAUCGUGUUAAUAAAUCGAUAACGAAUUAUGUAUUUUGCUUAAAGCGUUAGAA